CGAAGUCUAUGUUUUUAUUAUUUCUAUGUGUUCCCUUAUUUAUAUAAAGUUUACAAUGAUAUAAUUAUUGUCUUGGAAAUUAACUAAGUUAAUUAAUAUGGAUGAUAACACAGAUAUAAUGGUAGAGCCUCUACCAUUACUGGGCAUUUGUAACCUGUGUUUGCACGAUGGUGUAGUUAAAAGUAUGCUAAUAAAAUAUGAACAUGAUGGAAUAGCUGAAACAUACGUUGAAAUGCUGUUAAAAUGUUUCUGUAUCGAUGUACUUUCAGUUGAUCUAGAAGAUACGAAAAGGCUAAUCUGUUACUCCUGUAUUGAUGUGUUACUUCAUUUUAUGAAAUUUAGAAAGAAGGUUGAGGCUUCAUUGAAAUCUUUAGAAGCUAUAAAACUGCAAAAACAAACAUUGCCUGGUGUAAAACAGGAACUGGCGAUUGAAGAUCUGAUCAAAGAAGCAUGUGACAAUGAAUCUGAUGAUCAUGUCGAUUCCUUGGAUGCAGUAUUUGAUGUCAAACAGGAGUUGCAAGACCUAAUGAAUGAUGAAACAGAUGUAGAUUUAUUGAUAAAAGGUGAAGAUUCAGAUGAAUAUAUACCAAAACGUACGAGACGUAAAACAUUAUCAAACAAAAAGAAACUUUAUUCUAUUAAACCUAACUCUGAUACAGCGGAAACUGAGGGUAUGCUGAAAUCAGGUUUAUUUCCGUUCAAAAUAUACAAAGAUAAAACAUUUUCAUGUGUUAUAUGUCCAAAGAAAUCAACAAAAUUGGAUGAUAUAAAAGAACAUAUAACUGAACAUACUAUAUCUAACAUUCAUAUAGCAUUUAAAAAGAUAAGCACAUCGAAACUUCAAACAUUUUAUAAAUAUUCAAAUAAAUUAAGAUGUAAGUUAUGUAAACUGGAUAUAUCUAAUUAUAACGAAUUAAUAGAACAUAUAGAUAUAUGUACACGUUUAAAAACAAACAGAUGGAGUAAAUUGCCAUUUAAAUUGGAAAAGGAUCAAUUGGAUUGUCCGAUAUGUAAAAAAAGAUUUUUAAAUUUUGUAAAUUUAAAUACACAUAUGAAUAUACAUUACCCCAAUCAUAUAUGUGAGAAUUGCGGCAAAAGUUUUGCGUCACAAGCAAGGUUACGUGGACAUAUGAGAACACAUGAAUACGGUGAUUUUCCAUGUAGAUAUUGCGAUGCAGUUUUCGAUAGGGUCACUAAAAGGGAGAAUCAUGUAUCAAAAGAACAUAAAUCAGGAUUAAGAUAUGCAUGUAAAAGAUGUAAUAUAUCUUUAUCAUCAUUUUAUACAAGACAGAAACAUUUAGCCGAAGUACAUAAUGAAGAAUUAAAAAGAUAUAAAUGUAAAGCAUGUACACAAAGUUAUAUAACUCCGGGGCAUUUAUCGAGUCAUGUUAGAAGGGAUCAUUUGAAUGAAAGAAAUCACAAAUGUGACAAAUGUGAUUUGGCAUUUUAUACAAAAAAUGCAUUGAAAAUGCACAUGAUCAAACACGAUGGGGAAAGAAUACAUGUAUGUCAUAUAUGUAAAAAAUCAUAUCAACGUUUAAAAACAUUAAGAGAACAUAUGAGAAUACAUAAUAAUGAUAAAAGAUUUAUUUGUCCUGUCUGCGGUAGGGCUUUUACACAGAAAUGUACAUUAAAGGGACAUUUAAAAGUACAUGAUAGGAAAAUUGAUGACACAAAAGUUCAGGAUGAUAUGUGUACGAAUCGAGCACUUGUCAUAUGUAGACUCGAUGCCCCUACCGGUGUUUAAUUGUUAAACAUAACCUACAAACUUUUACUUUCGCGUAUAGAAUUAAAAAAAAAGUUUAUCAUAUCUUACUU